AUGCCGUCCUCGCUGUUACCCACCGUUCCCAACUUCACAACCUACCUCUCCAUAACGCAAUGGGUUGACAGUCUUAUGAAGCAGUAUCGCAGCCGCCUGGCGUGCCCAAAAUGCCGGCAGCGAGGCGUCUUGUACAAGAAUUGGGGCAAGUCCCAGCCUAGUCGCAAAACCUUGACGGCUAAACGCCAUCGUCGCUAUGAUCAUCAGCAUUGUCUCGACAUGCGCAACUUUUCGAUGUCCUGCGCCGACUUCGUCAAGUAUGUUCUUGAGCCAUAUAUCAGGGCCACCAGCAGCACGGCGACCACCACACUUCAACGCGAUACGGCCGCGACGCUGCUCAAGGGCUGCGAGCUGGCGAUUGAAGCGCUGGCAGAGCAUGGCAACGAGGUCAACAAAAAGUUCCAUGCGCGGAUUGGACAAGCGCAGCGCAACCAUGUUCAGGCAAUGGCCGCCUUGCAGGCAGGUCUGCUGGUGCCGGACGUCGAUCUGGAGCAGAUAGCGCUGCAAGAGACAGCAGAUGACGCGGCCGGAGGCGACAUCGAGCUGUUCAUUGAUGGGCAAGACACUGACCUCCCAUCGCCUGACACUGUUGUCGACGAUAACAAUGCUAUGCAGCUGCUGGCUAGCCUCGAGCCUCCAACGGAGAGCACAAUUUUCUCCAUCACCAUACCUGCCUUCGAGCCACCACCGCCACCACAGCGAGCGCGCCCCCACAGCCAGCCGCGGGGCAAGAAGGCUACGCCUGCCUCACUUCGACCGCAGAAGCGCAAAGCCUACGUGGAAGACGAUGAGCCGGAGCCUCGUCGUAGACGUAAGAGAGCGACGUCCUCUAAGAAAUCCGUCAAGUCCUGCUCGAGUUCGAGCAAGCGCAUCGCCUACAAGCCUCAAAGUCAAACACAGCGUCGUUAUCUCCGUAAUAUGCACGGCCGACCCGGUCUCCCCAAGCCUAUCCGGGGCAAAGUCAUCAUUCGAGCAUCUCGCGGCCCUCCUCCACCCGUAGAGCCGCUGCCGGUUCUCUCGACUGAUGAGCAGCUGAAACAGCUCCGAGCUGCUCUGAUGCGCUCGCCUCUCCGACAAGAGGAGCACGAGAGCUUGACGAUCUCCUACCUCAACGUCAACAGUCUCAAUGCUGAGAAGUGGCACGUCAUCUUUUCAGCCUUUCGGACCGCAGCAACCUCUGCCAUCACAGCACAAGUCUCCUCUCUCUCCCACAUCAUGAUCCUUGCCGAGACUUGGCGCCCUCGAUCUCUGAUGAUGAAUAGCCUUCUCACCACCGACCACGCCGGCUGGAUCCUCGCUUCAGCAGUGCCGACUCCGUACAAGGAAGAUGCAGAUCCUGGGGCAAUUCCACGCUGCAAUGGCGGUAUGAUGCUACUUUGCCCUCCGCAGGUGGCGAGUCGGGUGGUCGUGCUCAGCAUCACGCCGUACUCUUUGACGUUCUCGCUUGCCCGAAACUCGACGAGCACGAGCGCGUCUACAAGUGUCACUCCGCCACCAAUCGUGAUCCACGCCGUCUACCUUCCUCCUUCGAUGGGCAAAUCCAUCGACAGCGCCCACCUGCUGGACGCAUUCGUCAACCCACCGGACCAUCUCCGAGCUGAUGUCCUGCUAGGCGACACGAAUGUCUAUUACGAGCCUCAAGCACCCAUUCUGACAGGCGAGCGGGACCCCGACCGGGUAGAGGAAGAGGAAGCCAUAGUCGUCAAGGGGUAUCCCAAGGCUCGGCUCGCGGUCAUCGAGGAGUCGACACGGAGACUAGGCCUCGUGAGACUGGAGGGAGAGGGAGAGGAGGAAUAUAUGAGGUGGAGAAGGAAGAAUAGGAAGGGUUUGAGGCUGAGACGUACAGCUGCUGGUGAGGAGCCGUACGUUGGCAAGAGACCGACUGGUGUGGGAGCAUUGGCGGCGGAGGAGGAAGAGAGCGAUUCUCACGAAGAUGUCGAAUCAGCAAGCGCAGCCAUCCCGGCUCUCAGUCGCAUCGACCACACCUAUGUGCGCCCGCCCGCAGCCAAAGACCAGGAUUGCAGCAGCGCAAAGUCUGCUCUCUUCUCGGCGAGCAGCGUCAGCUUUUGGCGACCGGGCAUCAAGACGGACCAUCCGCUGAUGCGCGUCGACCUUGCGUGCAGGCCGUGA